CAAAAUACGUGUCCUUUGGGGCAAUACGUAAGUGUACACCAGAUUUUAAAAAAAAAGUAUUUUUGAACAUAUUACAUUGCUUAAACUUUCAAAAAUCUUCCAAAACCGUGUUCAUUGCUGAGCACAUCGCAACACGGUGUCUUAAAGGAGACCAAUACCCAUAAGAAUUUGAAUAGCUUCAACACUGUGUGUAUGCAAAUGGAAAAGGGUGAACACAAAACAAUCGGAUGACACAAGUGAGCUCUCACUUGACCGGUCCCGCGCGGCAGUACACAGCCAACGCUCACGUCGAGCGAACUCAUGUCGCUCAUCGCAACACCGGCCGUUAUCGUAACAAAAAGUUUGAAUUAAACAACCGCGCGCGUUUCAUUGUGAAUGAAAAAAAAAAGUGGAUUUGCAACCUCAAAGUGAAUUUGUUUUAAAAAAAAAAGCCAGAUUUUUGUGUUUGGAAUUGGGUGAAGAAACUUUUUCGAGUGCUUCUAUAGAAUAUCUUUCCGAGAGAAAGAUAAAAAAUAGUUGAUAACAAAAUCGAUAGUCAAUAUUUGGUUGUUCGAUUCUCGGUGAAACAAGUGAUGCAACGGGCGUAAUCGUGGAUCAUGGAUGUGGAGUUGUAAUCAAGUUUUGGUCUGAGCCAGGCUCCUGAGGCCGGUGUCGGUGGCCGGCGUGAUGGAGCACGCGCUGCAGCACCGCGAGCGAGUCGGCGUCAGCGACUUCGUGCUGCUGGAGGACUUCCGCUCUGAGGCGGCCUUCAUCGACAAUCUGCGAAAGCGGUUCAAGGAAAACAUCAUAUAUACAUACAUCGGCAAUGUGCUGAUCUCAGUGAACCCAUACAAGAACCUGCCGAUCUACACGGAGGAGAAAACCAAGCAAUACUACAAGAAGGCGUUCUUCGAGGCACCGCCGCAUGUAUUCGCGAUUGCAGACAACGCGUACAGAUCGUUGGUGUACGAGCACAGAGAACAAUGUAUCCUCAUUUCAGGCGAAUCUGGUUCUGGAAAAACCGAAGCGUCAAAGAAAGUCCUCGAGUACAUUGCUGCCAGGACGGACCACUUACAAAACGUGGAGAAUGUCAAAGACAAACUCCUGCAGACAAACCCUUUGCUCGAAGCGUUCGGUAACGCCAAGACCAAUAGAAAUGACAACUCGAGCCGCUUCGGGAAAUACAUGGACAUCCAGUUCAACUACGAAGGAGGACCGGAAGGAGGUCAUAUCCUAAAUUACCUCCUGGAGAAGUCCAGGGUGGUCAGUCAGAUGACUGGAGAGAGAAACUUCCACGUUUUCUACCAACUGCUAGCGGGAGGCGAUGACGCGCUCAUGAACCAAUUGAAGCUACAAGGAAGACCAGAAGCUUACAAGUAUACGACUGAUGUGACGACACAAUCGAACCAGAGGCACUUAGACGCGGAGCAGUUUCGCGUAGUGAGAGAGGCGAUGAAAGUGAUAGAGAUUGGACAGCAGGAACAACUGGAUAUGUUCGAGAUAGUUGCGAGCGUACUGCACCUCGGCAACGUGAAGUUCGUGCAGAACGACAAGGGGUACGCUGAGAUACUCUCGCACGACGCUAACAGUGGAAACGUAGCUGAGCUUGUGAAAGUCAACUCGCUAAAGCUUCGUGAAGCUCUGACUAGUCGAACGAUCGACGCCCGAGGAGACGUGGUCAACACCCCAUUAGACCAGGAGCAAGCACAAUUCGCGAGGGACGCGUUAGCCAAAGCCGUAUACGACAAGUUGUUCAGCUGGCUCGUCUCCCGGAUCAACUCCUCACUGGCACCCAAAGAGAAAGACUCGAGGUCUUCCGUCAUCGGCAUCCUGGAUAUAUACGGAUUCGAAAUCUUCCCAAAGAACAGUUUCGAGCAGUUCUGCAUAAACUUCUGCAACGAGAAACUGCAGCAGCUGUUCAUCGAGUUGACCCUGAAGCAGGAGCAGGAGGAGUACCUGCGCGAGGGCAUCGUGUGGGAGCCCGUCGAGUACUUCAACAACAUUAUCAUCUGCGACCUUAUCGAGGCGAGGCAUAAAGGUAUAAUCGCUAUCCUGGACGAUGAAUGCCUUCGCCCUGGAGACGCCACGGACGCCAGCUUCCUGGAGAAGCUGACGCAGGGUCUGGAUGGACAUCCUCACUUCAAGUCCCAUCGCAAGGCAGACUCUAGGACACAGAAAAUCAUGGGCCGCGAUGAAUUCUGCCUCAUUCAUUACGCGGGUGAAGUCACAUACAACGUGAGCACCUUCCUGGAAAAGAACAACGAUCUUCUGUUCCGCGACAUCCAAAGCCUCAUGGCCACCAGUGGCAAUGCCGUCGUCCAAGACUGCUUCAAGGAUUACAAUCUAAGAAGCAAGAAACGACCGGAGACUGCCAUUACACAGUUCAAGAACUCACUUAAUGAGCUUAUCAAAAUCCUUAGCAGUAAGGAGCCUUCGUACAUCAGGUGUAUCAAGCCCAAUGACAACAAGGCACCGAUGCAAUUCGACGACAAGCUGGUGUCUCACCAGGUGAAGUACCUCGGGCUCAUGGAGAACCUGCGCGUGCGUCGCGCUGGCUUCGCCUACAGGCGCACCUACGAGACCUUCCUGGAGAGAUACAAGUGCUUAUCGGCUGAGACUUGGCCGAACUACCGCGGUCCUGCACGUGACGGCGUACAGAAACUUGUGGAAACACUCAAUUAUGAGAGAGAAGACUAUCGUAUGGGCAACACGAAAAUCUUCAUACGCUUCCCGAAAACUCUAUUCGAGACAGAAGACGCUUACCAGAUAAAGAAGAACGACAUAGCCACCAUCAUACAGAGCAGGUGGAGAGGAUAUUGGCAGAGGAGGCAGUACCUCAAGAUGAAGCAAGCAGCCAUUGUGAUACAAAAGUGGGUGCGACGGUUCCUGGCGCAGAGACUGAGGCAAAGGAGACGGAAGGCUGCUGACGUCAUCAGAGCGUUCAUCAAAGGUUUCAUCACCCGCAACGGCCCGGAGACGGUGGAGAACCGUCGUUUCCUGGCCAUCGCGAAGGUGCACUGGCUCAAGCGUCUCUCGCAGCGUCUGCCGACUGCCAUACUGGAUCUGUCCUGGCCGCCCUGCCCUGCUACCUGUCAGGAAGCUUCCAGGGAGUUGCAGCGGUUGCACCGCGCGCACUUGUCGCGCAAGUACCGCCUGGCGCUGUCGCCCGCAGACAAGAAGCAGUUCGAGCUCAAGGUCUUGGCCGAGAAGAUGUUCAAGGACAAGAAGAACAGCUACCCGAGCAGCAUCCGCGAGCGGUUCCAGUCGGAUCGACUACGCACCGACCACCAAGCGCUGCGCAACUCCUUCAUGGCGUCCCCGUCCUGGCCUACCGGGGAACAACUCAUCUACUCCUGUGAAUCGACCAAGUACGACAGGCGCGGCUACAAGGCUCGGGAACGGUCCCUGCUCGCCUCGGAUAAGGCCCUGUAUGUGCUCGAUGCGACCGGACGCAAGACUUACCGCCUGAAACAUCGCCUGCCAUUGGACAAACUGAGAGUAGUAUUGACCAAUGAGUCGGACAGCGUGAUCCUCGUCAAGAUACCGCCGGAACUUAAGAAGGACAAGGGCGACCUGAUCAUCACCGUGUCGCACGUGAUCGAGGCGCUCACCAUAGUCACCGACUACACCAAGAAGCCCGAGAUGAUCGAGAUCGUGGACACCAAGUCCAUCACGCACGACCUGGUGAACGGCAAGCAAGGCGGCAUCAUCGAGGUGACGCACGGCCCCCAGCCCGCAAUACACCGCGCCAAGAGCGGCAACCUGCUCGUGGUUGCUGCGCCGUGAAACAGCCAUUUUUAAAACCUAGCAGCAACGAGCACAACGAAAUUACUUUUGCAGUCAUAUUCGUAAGACUUUUUGUAUUCGCCUUAUAAAUCGUCCGCCAUAUUGCGGGAAAAACGUUAAACUAUUUUUUUAACUGCCAUAGCUAUUCAUUAUAUACAGCUAUUUAUUUGAUAACUGAUUUAGUCUUGUAUUGUAUAAAAAUAUAUAUUUUUAUAACUAUGAUUUAUUACGUUUUUUAGGUUUUUAAGUACCUCCCCAUCAUAAAUUAUGGAUUAUUGUUUAUCAUAAAUGUGAUAUAAUUAUAAUAUUAUCGACGAGUUACGUACAAAGUACUUAUUGAACAGUGUUUUUAUUUUGUAUGCCAUAAUUCUAGUAAUUGUUACGUCAAGAAAUAGGUAUAAUUAAUAACAAAUAUAUGUAUAAUAAAAAUAAUGUACGAUUUCUUAAGAGCGUUGUUUGAAUUUGUAUUUAUUCAUGUUGUUUUUGCUACUUGCAAAGCGCAGGCCACAUUUGAACGAUUGUAGUGAGGUUGUACUCCUACUAGUGGGAACGAGUAAACUAGAAAUUCAAUCCGAAUUUCGGUUUUCUCUUUUUAUGUGUUGCUUCGUUCCGAAAUGUGGCCUGUGCUUAAAAUAUAAUUUAUAGGCUGAAUCAAAGGUGCGUAAUGUUAUAAAGAGUAGUUUGUUUCGGCGAAUUAAUGUUAUGUUUAUAUGUAUUAAUACGGGAAACUUUGUUGCACAUGAACAGCAUUCAUGACUUUUAAAGUUACGUUAUUGAUUCAGCGGGCGCAAUUCCAUUGUGAAUCAUGAGAUGUUUGUAUCAUUUGUAUGCAACUACUGCAGUACGAAAAUCAUUUACCAUUAAAACAAUUUUGAGAAUAAAAUGACUUUUUAUAAAAUAUUCGCUGUCAUUGUAGAUACAUUUGUGCCAGAAGUCAAUUAGGCCAUAAUUUAUACGUUAAUUAUGCAGGCGAGUCAGUGCCUUAUUUUUAAGCAGGUUCCUGUAAAGACAUUUUAAUGAAAUAUAAAAUUUUUUGAUAUACC